GCCCCCCCUCCCCUCCAGACAGUAUCAUGUUUCUCUCGAUAAACUGCCGAUACUUUAACUUCUGUAAAGGACAUCUGGAUAAAUAACAUGUAUUAGUGAAUAAAGUGUGUUUACAGCUGGAUUUACUGCAGUUUUACAAACCUGGACGAUCACCGACAUAAGAACAGAUUUAAUAUAUUCAUAACUUUAUAAUCCUCCGAAUGUUCACACCAGUUGUUGGAGAUUCUACAGACAAGAAACUUGACAGAAUCCAAGUGAUGAAACGAGACUAAAGAUGAAAACAAAUAUGGAGCACGAAAAGCAGAAAAGGAGAAACAGAAUCUGGGUUAAAUCUUGGCUGAGAAGAAUAUAGAAAAUCUGCCAACACUCCACAAGAGUCCUCCAGACAUCAUGUCCCUCCUUUAUAUUUCCAUCUUAUGGGUCUGUGCCUGUGUGGACAGUGCAGAAUCUCUGGUUACUGUAUCAGCUCCAGUGGGUUCCACAGUCAUCCUGCCGUGUAAACUGACUGAAGAGUUAAAACCAACAUCAGUUAUUAGGUGGCAGCUCAAUAAUGACAUUGUGAUUGAGAGAGACAUUUUCUUUGAUUUUAUGACAUCAAGUUCAGUAUAUGAAGGACGUGUGGAUGUUCCUGUGGACGAGCUACGUAAAGGAAACUGUUCCCUGGUGUUGAAGAACAUCAGAUUUACUGAUGAAGGUUUAUACAAAUCCUUUAUAAUGGAAUAUGUGUGGACUAUGGAAUGGAAAGAAGUUAACAGAGUUUAUCUCUCAGUUGAUGCUCUUCAGAUAUCAGCUCCAGUGGGUUCCACAGUUGUCCUGCCGUGUGAUUGGAGUCAUCUGUACAUCAAAACUCCUUACGUUCAGUGGUUUAUUGAUUUUGAGACUGUGUUUGAGCGAAAGGGUAAAGAUUCAUAUCAGGGUGAAGGAUAUGAGGGUCGUGUGGACGUUCCUGAGGACGAGCUGCUUAAAGGAAAAUGUUCCCUGGUGAUGAAGAACAUCAGAUUUAGUGAUACAGGAAUCUACAGCAGCUCCAUGUUAAUUACAGACACACAGGAACCUGUCUUGGUCCAGAAGGUUAAACUGACAGUUGACCACAGUGUUAAUGAGAGAGGAUCUUCAUCAGAGGAUUCAGACUCACACCAGACUGGAGGGAACAACUGGAUUAUUUUAUUUGUUGGGAUCAUAAGCUUCAUCAUCUUCAUCAACUGCAUUUUUGUGUUUGUGCACUACUGCUGUGUGAAAGGUCUCAGAUGUGCCACUGACUCCACUGAACAGGAUGGAAACAGACAUCAUCACAGUGUUCAGUACAACACAACAUCCGACAGUGUGACGUACACAACAGUCAACACACAAACACAGAGUUAAUGACCAACACAAGAUGGUCUGCUCUGAUCUCAUCAUGGAUUUCAGAUCAUCUUAAACUACGUCCCUGCACCACUGAGCUGAUGUUCAUCUCUGGAGCUUCAUCACCAUGUCAGGAUCUUCUGAUUUACUGCAGAACUCUCAGAUCACACAUCAUGG